AUGGAGUCGCCAAUCAACCCAGCCGUGUGGAAGGUGCUCUUCAACGCUGCUCUAGGCACCCUCUCGGUCGCCACCCUCUACUCCGUCUACCACCAGAGGUACGACAUGGAGUCGGCGCAGCGGACGGCGUUCUUGGAGCUGCGCAAGGCGGACUCCGAGGAGGCCCGUGUGGCGAAGCUGACGGAGCUGCAGGCGGUGUGCAAGCCGGAGGCGGUCCGCCGCCAGCCCUCUGCUCGCAUGAGCGCGCUCAAGUACGGUGCCCCGAUUGUGCAGAUGGCGAAGCUGCAGAAGGAUGGCACGAAUGUGGAGAGUGUUCGGACGGCUAUCAAGGUCAUCCUGUACAUCUACGGCCCCGACGCCGAGGGUCGACAGAAGCUGAACAGCCUCGAUGGCUACAAGGUCCUGCUAACGACUCUAAGCGAGGCGCAGCGGCAGGGAGAGGCGGACUUGAUGGAGGAUGUGGCCCAGGCGCUGGAUGCGUUGACAGAGGUGGACGACUCCGAGGUUGUCCUCGACACGGAUGUGCCUAAGGGUAGCGAAGGCGCCGCCACACUGGCCCGUUUGCCGGCCACCGUGAAAAUGCUGCGCAUCCUCGACCCGGAAGGCUCCGUCGCGUUCCUCGCAUCUCUCACGGGCAUCUUUGCCAACAUCUGCACUCUCGCGGAGGGCGCGGUCAACAUCGGAAGCGGGGUAGAUGGGCACAGUGGCAUGUCCUUCUUCUUGCGGCUGUUGGACCACACCCACCGCCGCGUCGUAGCGAACGCCGUCACGGUCGUGCGCUUCCUCGCUCGCGCGCAGGUCUGCCAGGAGGAGCUAAUCGAGGAGGAGAACUUGACGCGCCUGGCCGACAACCUGCAUGUGACCGGCGAACCGGUGGUCGUGAACUCUAUCCUGACGGUCAUCCUGGUGAUGGCCGGCAGCAAGAAGUACAGCGAGGCCUUCUUCUCCGGGAUCGCCUCCAGCACCAUUCCCAGCACCCUCUUCGAGUUGUGGAUACGAUCCCCUGAGAAAUCGCUGCGCAGUCGUGCGGAGGUGCUCUCGCGGUUGCUGCUGCGCAUCCCGCAGACAGCCCCCAUCGUGGCUGCUCUCUUCGAGCGCUUCCGCCCACAGCUGGAGGAGCGCCGCCGGCGUGAUGAGGAGGAGUACAAGCAGCAGAUGCAGCAGAUGCAGCAGAACCAGAUGAUGCAGCGGAUGAUGAUGGAGCAGAUGGGCAUUGACCCCUCCAUGAUGGGCUAG